UCGUCCCCGGUAGCGGAUCAGAGUGAAUCCUCUUCCUCGGCAGAAUGGCAGGCAGCGUGUGGAGGUCAAUGGUGAGAAAAUUCUCGUUUAUUUCGUGUUUAAAAUCACUGAGGAUGUUCAAAACAGCGCGGAGUUGUGUUUCGUGUGUGAGCUGAGGUGUUUCCAUCCCCGUGCUGAGCUGUACUGUCUCUGAACGUGACUUUAAACGCUGCCUUUAGCCGGUUAGCAUGUUAGCUCCCCGUGAGUGUCCUUCAGCGUGAUGACAGGUGUUGGAGCUAACGGAGCUAACGGAUCUACGGUCCGUUAAACACCGACUAAAACACGAUUUUAUCGGCAUACAGCUUUAGAGGGCACCAUUUAUUUUCCUUUUCUAAAGGUGUAACUUAGCCUUUUUAAAGUAUAACCGCUGCCAGGUGUUAUCGGCUCUGGUUUCCACACGUAUAGACCCGCACCAAAUGUCCUCUGAAAAUCUGUGAUUUUAAGGGUAUAUGAAGUUUUUAGCAGAAAUUAAACUUGAGACUUAAUUUUUUUGAACUUACUAACUUGCAGAGUAAAGUCUGAUUAAUUCGGCAAACUGAAAUCAACCUUUUAAGCAAAGCUUUUUUAUUUACAACUGUAACAGAGCUGUAGUUUUUACUGCUGUAAAUCAAUAUACCAAGUUAAUUUGACCUCUGUAAAAGAAAAUCUGUUUAGGUACUUGUCUAGAAUUGGGCAUUGAUAUACAAAAAUUAAGAAAGGGGAGGGAAAAGGCAUAAAAAAACACAAUGUGAAAGAGGACCAUUAUAAUGACCACUAUUAAACUGUCAGAGAAUGAUAAAUUUUGGUUGUACACGUUAAUUACUCUCUAUUUAGAUCUUCUGCUGCUGAGAUGUAACACAUAGACAAAAUAAAAUGCACUGAUAAUAAUGUUUUGUCUGUGUAAUCAACUUUUUCACGGUUUGUGACCUUCAUGUUGUCUCCUCCAGCUGACCCAUGUGGCGCGGGCGGCGAAGAGACCCGCUCUCUCUUCAGCUUCCUUUUCCAGAGGGGUGAGUAGUUCAGGGUUCACAAACAUGACACCGACACCUACUGACAAUCACGCAAUAAUGAACUACCAGUGCACAAAAAUAAAUACUUAAAGGGGAAGUGAGUGUAGGACCAUCUCACUACCUUUUUUAUGGUAUUUCUAUCCAACUGAGAUGUUUUAUUUGGCGAUUCAAGUGUGGAGCUCGUCACAGGUGGGAGUUUUAAAAUGAACAUUUGGGUGCUCAGGAAUUCAAUUUUUGUCACUCUGGUAUCAAUGCAAACAUCAACGUGUAAUAGGCUUGUAUUGAAAUUCAGUCCUCUAAUAUUGCAUCAAAAUCAGUGUUUCUCCUUCGAUGGCGCCUUUUUGCUGUAUUUCAUUACCUGUACUUGGUGAAGGCGACCUUGUGUAUGCACACCCUGGCUCAGUGUCCUCAGAAGAUAGGCACAGCUUACUGCAUCUCCUCUCUGACAUGGGUAAAGUGAGAGCUUGUAGCUGUCAUUGUGAGUUGGGUUACAUGGCCAUCACUGGCGACCUGCGGGCUAAUACAUAUCAACACCUUCAUCUAUAAGGCCUUUUUUGGCCUGAUACUUCACUAUCUCUGUAUUCAUCUUGUUCUCAGGACUUUUUCACGCUCCCUGUCCGAAAAUCUCCAACAGAAAUCAGUCGACGGUGUUUGUUUUUCUUCACUCUCAGCCUGGAAUUGAAGGCAAAAUGACCUGAAACUAACUGAGGGAGCUGGUGUCAUUAAAUCAGAUACUUGCUUUUAGCUGACCUGGUUACACAACUGACUCUUGGGUCAUUUCUCCUUUUUAUUGCAGAUUUUAAUGCUUGAAAGCUGCGCUCUGGUUCCCUCUGUGUUUUUGCUGCUGUCUGUUGAAGUCUUGAAUUGUAGCAGAACUUCAUUGUUUGCAAACACUGAUAUCUUUCCCUGUAAGUGCUUUAAAAGUAGAAACAUAAAGAUAUAAACAGAUUAGCUGGAGUUGUUUGGUGAUUUAAAAGGUCUUAAAUCCCUGUGAGAUAUCAGACGACAGGCUCCAUCUCUCCUCCGUAUGAAGGUUUCUCCGUAGUGAAGGCCGUCUGUGUUUCCUCCACAGCUGCAGACAGUCACACUGAUUCCUGGUGAUGGGAUUGGACCUGAGAUCUCCACGGCUGUCAUGAAGAUCUUUGAAGCUGCAAAAGUAAGUUUUAAUUCACCGUUUUCUCCAAUUAAAGCAGACUCUUUGGAGCUGGGUCUUUAAACAUGUUUGUUUUCUCCUGCAGGCACCAAUCAGCUGGGAGGAGAGGAACGUGACGGCUAUAAAGGGACCCGGCGGGCGAUGGAUGAUUCCUCCUGAUGCUAAAGAAUCCAUGGACAAGAGCAAGAUCGGCCUGAAAGGUCUGUGGACAGUUCGUUUCUACUGCCUUUCAUAAUGUGGACACCUCAGCUGACCGUUUAUGCUUCAUGUUUUUCCUCCAGGACCCCUGAAGACCCCCAUCGCUGCAGGUCACCCCUCCAUGAACCUGCUGCUGAGGAAGACCUUCGACCUUUACGCGAAUGUGCGACCCUGCAUCUCCAUCGAGGGCUACAAGACUCCGUACACCGACGUCGACCUGGUCACUAUCAGAGAGAACACAGAGGGCGAGUACAGCGGCAUCGAACACGUGGUGAGUGGGCGAGACGAGAGCGGCUGCGUCCUGAUUUAUAGACUCUGUUUAUAUAGAUUCAUAGGUGUUCAUGACUGGUGUAGAAUUGUGCACAUAGAUGUCUCUUUGGGACAGUUAAAGUUUGUCCAAAGUGUCACAGAAAGGAUCCUUAAAGUGAAUAAUUAGUCUGUGCUGAAAAGAAGACGACGACGACGACAGCUCAGCUCAUUAAUCCCAGAGGGGGAAAAUCCACACACAAGCAGAAACAGGAUCCUGUGGACAUGCUCUGACAGAGACGUGUCAGUGUAGUGCUGUGGGGCUCCUCUGAACCUCUCUUACUUUACUUUAAACACACAGAAUAGACUCGGGUUUGAACAGGGACUGACUUUAGGCCCAAGGUCCCACAUACUGAGUCUCUGCCGCCCCCACAGAAGUAGUGAGGGUUCAUAUUUGACGACAUCCUGAAGUGACGACAUGGAGUUUUUCACUCCCCGGUUUUUAAAGCAAUCUACUGGAGCACUUGGAAAUCUCUUUGGACAGGAUUAGUUUAACCUCUUAUCGUUUGAGAGUCUCCCCCCGACGUCUGUUUGGUGUGGGAGGUUCACACUGGAGAAGUGAGGUCUGUGAUUUAUUCAAACUGACAUUUCUGGUUAAAAGUGUCAAAGUGCUGAACGACUUCUUCAUGAGGUGAAUUAAAUGCAUAAAAACUAAUAAAUACAGUUCAUAACUUUAUGUCAUAUAGAGUUUAUCAGCCACCCUGCAGUGAAGCAGUUUGGACUGAACCCGCCCCCCCCUAUCUUUAAGGGUUGCUGAUAUUGAUUUGAGAGUCUCUGUGUGGGUGAUUUAGUCGCCGAGGGUCAGUAAUUAAAUAAAUCUUUGUACUCUUUUUUUAAUUCUUUACUAAACGGUGACACGAUGCGCCUUUAGAGGCACUGGCCCUUUAAUGUCCACGCAGCACUGCAAAGAUAAUGAUCCUGUCUGAUGGAUAGAAAAUGAGAUGAUUCAUGUGAUCGUGAACUGUAAGAUAGUUCAGGAUACGGAGCUGCUCCUGUGAGUGACUGGAAAAGGUGUUUGUUUUAUUGCUGUUUAGUUAUAUUUUUAUUUUCAGCAUCUAAAGAGUCUCCAUUCUUUGUAAUAAGAGGAUCCAGCUCCCAAAAUGUUGUCAAAACCUUUUUUUUUUACUCUGUCCAUCGCAGCCUUCACGGUUUGGGCAGAAAAAUUCAAGGAGACGUUCUUAAAGUAGAAAAUACUAACCCACAUUACUGUGAUGUCAGUGUGGAUGAUCUCCAAAUAGAUGAUCUCUGUGUGUCCUGAAAUAUGACAGCUGUUUCACCCUGGAAUAUCAACCUUACAAAUUACAGACGUGUUUGAUUUGCAUCAAGUUCGAAACACAGAUUUUCUGAGACCUCCACCUGAUUAAAGUCUGGUGCAGAAACAGCAACAUAACAGCUGAGUCAGCCAUGAUGAUGAUGAUGAUGAUGAUGAUGAUGAUGAUGGUGUACCUGCCCCCCCCUCACCUGUCUUCCUUUAGGUCAGCUUGUAGCCGCUGUCCUCUCUGCUCCUUCCCGUCUUCAGGGUAAGAAAGAGGAAGCGGUUCAGUUUGAGGAAUGAGAGCAUUGAAGCUUCCUGAACCCCUCACCUGUUUGACCCGCACAGUCCUGAUGAUGUGGAUCAGUCUGUGGUCACGCUGUCAGCUCAGAUCUGAGGACCAGAUUCACCUCUGUGUUCACAGAGAGGACCAGGGUGUCUUUAACUCAGCUGAGCAGAUUUACAAAACGGUUUCAUGAAUCAGUGACCAAAGCAUCACCACAGAUCUGUCAGCUGGCAGUAGACGCCCUCUUUGUGUGUGAUGUCACUUCCUGUACCUGAUUUGACACUCACCUGGUCCCUGUUGAACUUUUCCUCGAUGUGCGUGUCUUACACCGUUCUUCUCUCCUUCCAUUUCUCGCCUCUUCACCUUUCUCCGAACCAAAAAACAAACCUGAAUUCAGCCUGACACUGCAGAAAAGAAGAAGUCUUAUCUACAGAUGAUUCACCUGCAUUUGUUUGUAAAACUAAAGCAAAGUAAAUAUGAAGCUAUUCAGAUAUAAAGUAAGUGAAGCCAUGAGAUCACAGCUCCAGAUAAAGAUGAGCUGAAAUAAUCGGAUUUGAACACAGAAGAACAGAAACUCUCUGUAAUAAAACCAGAAUUAUCCUCCUGAAAGUGUCUCUGACCGUUUUUCUGUUUUGUUUUUUUGUUGUUGCAGAUCGUCGACGGCGUCGUACAGAGCAUCAAACUGAUCACAGAGAACGCCAGCAGACGUAUCGCCGAGUACGCCUUCGAGUACGCCAGAAACAACCAAAGAAACAGCGUGACGGCCGUCCACAAAGCAAACAUCAUGUGAGUGAAACGGCAGCGUCAGCGUCUUAAAGGGCUGAAUCAGAAUAACAAAUGAGAUAAUUUAGAAAACAACAAGAUAUCAGGAACAUCUCACCAUAGUUUGACCUGAUUUAUUUUUACAUGAGAGAAAUCAAAGAGUUAAAAAAAGGAGCAUCAACAAAAAUGACAUUUCAGUGUGUUUAUUUCGGGGCUCCCUGAGGAUGUAAAGCUGAACUUCUCGUGUCGUUUCUGAUCUCGUACUCUUCAGCUAACCUCAUCCUGCUCUCUGUAAACACUCAGACUUAUUCUCACUCUGAUUGUUUGUUUUGGAAAUGUAAAUAGAAGCUGUUUCUGCAGCAGCAGGAUGACUCUAAUGGAGGAUAGAGAGAGUUUUAAGUGUUUGACUGAGCAAUACUUUCACUUUUUAGAAUUAUAAUAAAUCAUCAGACUUACUCCUGACCGAGGCGGUCACUGUCUACUGCAGUUGGAAACAUAUUAAGGAAGUUUUUUACUUGGAAAGAUUUGUUUUUUUAAUAUCAGUUAUUGUUUUAGGCUGUUGACACGACCUGUUAUCACGAGCUCAAGCCUCCGUGUCUCUGUCUGCGUCUGUGAACAUUUGUGGCGAUGAUGAGUUUUCACUUUAACUGUUGUAUUAUCUAUUAGGGAUGGGCAAUGAUUAUCAAAUAUUCGAAUAGUCAUUAACAUUAAAAAAAUCGAAUAGUUCAUGCGAUGGUGGUUUUUGUUUUUAACUACAAAAAAAAAAAACUCUGCAAAUUCUGCAAAUCCAAAGACUGUAUAAACUAUUUACAACUUGGCUCCGCCUUCCGUCAUUAUACGAAUUUGAAGCCGAAUUGCUCUCAGUAUAUCUGGGAUACUGCACCUGUGAAACACGGCAGACAGGACAGACAAAGAAAGUGAACGUGAAGAUGGACAUGAAGUUCACAGAGUCUGGUGUUCUGUCCGAUGAUGAGGUCUGCCAGCAUGUGAAAUAAACUCUGGUCUCUGUUAAUAGAAAUAAAGUGUGUCAUAUAAACAAUCCCACCGCAAGAGAAAGUAUAAUUUCAUACGUAUAAUUCAAGGUAUACUCAACCAUGCCUCACAUGUCUUACUGGACAUCACCUCUAGAGGGCACAAUAACUAGAUUCAAGGUUUGAUGACGACGUCACAGAGGUUAAAGUUAAUUCUAAUUAAGUUCCUUUUAUCGUCCUUCUUAUUCCUGAAGAACUGUCUUUUUUUGCCUUUAAUAACAUCAUUUUUAAUUCUGUCUCCUCUCAGAGAUGUAAACAUUGAGGUAAUAUAAAAGUGCAAACGUGGCUCUGCAGCAGACGGCGGCUUUAAUUUGUGUUUUAAGAGGCAGUUGCUUUCAGAAAUAAACUGCAGUCUAAACACAAAGUGGAAAAGUCUCCUCCUCACAGGGCCUCCACCCUGAGACAUCCACCUACACUCUGUCUAACAGAGCGAUUAUUGUGCUGCAGUGUCAGGGAGACCGACUCAGCUUCAGCCAAAUCACUUCACUGUGUUAUAAAAUCCAUGAACCUUUAAAACGCUCAGUGGGAAUCAGAGAAGAUGAACCCUGAGCCGAUGAAAACAGCUCUUUAACUGACCGUCUGUCUUUGUGUCCGUCUGUCCAGGCGAAUGUCAGACGGUCUGUUUCUGAGGAAAUGUCGUGAAGUGGCCGAAAACUACAAAGACAUCAAGUUUACUGAGAUGUACCUCGACACUGUGUGCCUCAAUGUGAGUUCACCGUCAAACCAAAAACGUCUUUUCUUCACACCUGAACUCACUUUUACACUGAAGCUGGUUUUUGACCUCUCCUCAUGUUCUGGACUUUCAGAUGGUUCAGGAUCCCACCCAGUUCGACGUUCUGGUCAUGCCCAACUUAUACGGAGACAUCCUCAGGUCAGUCAGCGGGAAAUACGUUUUUUUAAGAGGCUGUAAAUGUCUGAAAACGAAGAGUUAACGCUGAGGUGUUGUUUGUGUUUCAGCGAUUUGUGCGCCGGUCUGAUCGGAGGACUUGGAGUCACCCCCAGUGGAAACAUCGGCGCAAACGGAGUCGCCAUCUUUGAAUCGGUUCGUUUUUCUUCAACAUCGCCUCACUCUUGAUUUGUUCAAAUAAUCAAAAAUAGUCGAGAUUGACUGAGACGGACUCGAUCCGCAGGUUCACGGUACAGCCCCUGACAUCGCCGGCUUGGACAUGGCGAACCCCACCGCCCUGCUGCUCAGUGCUGUCAUGAUGCUGCGUCACAUGGGUCUCCACGACCACGGCAACAAGAUCCAGACGGCUUGUUUCGACACCAUCAGAGACAAGAAGGUGAGACUCACAGAUGCUCGGAGGGUUCGCAGUCAAAUCUAAGUCAAUUCUAAAUAGUUGCAGGACAUACUGAUCACCCUGAUACUGCAAAAAAUAUGAAGAAGUAGUUAAAGUGAUAGUGAUAACCAGGUCUGUAUCAUGUUUAAUAAGUGAUAACCAGUGAAAAAAAAAAAGAUCACAAUAUAUUUUGUCAUAUCGUCCGAUCUCGAUUAUUAUCACGAUUUUUUUAACUGCCAGUUUUAAAGCAUCUGAACUAAAAACUAAAGAAACUAGAGAUUAGUUCAACAUUUUAUUAACAAAGUAAAUAACAAAGCAAAUUGAAUAAGAUAAACCUAGAAAAAUAUAUCAUUUUAAUUCAACAGAUCAACAAAUAUAGAUAAAUACUUAAUAAAACAGUGAACUAGUUUACAGUCCUGAGUGUUUCUGCAGGUAAAAAGACCCCAAAAAAAACAAAUCGCCCCCUCAAAGAUAAUGAAGACGACUUAAAGUGUAAAUAUUAGAUGAUGUGAACGUAGAGAAUUCCUGAUUUCUGCUUUGGUCUGGUGGCUAAACUGCUAAUGCUACUCGUGCCGUCAGCAGUGACAGGCUGUUCAGACUCCGCCCACAUUUUCAUGCUUUCUUCAAAAUCACUCGGGAACUUUGAAGAUACCCGAAACCACCGCCACACAAUUGACGUUAAAUAACUUUCCUUCUCAACAAUAACAUCUUCGAAGAAUGACUCAAAGUCCCGGCUGACAUCUGUUCUGCUGCCCUCAGCUCCACGUUCGGUCAUUCUGUUUACUUCUCCAGUAACUUACAAAAGUGAGCAGGAAAAGCUCGACUCUGAUUGGCUGUUGUGACGCACACUUCUGCUAUCUUUGAUCGAGUAAAUAUGCUCACAGCUGAUCACCGUGAUCGAACUGAAAUUUAUCACGAUCAUAUAAUCGCCCAGUCUUACUUUUGGCUGAGUUGCGUCGGGCUUUUAGCUUCUUUAGUCAACCAAAAUAGUGGCACCUAAACCCAGAAUUAGGCCUGCUUGAUUGACGUGUCUUCUGUGACUCAAAAGUAAAAGAAACAUUGAAUAAAUUCCUCGUAUUGACAAUAGCAGCAGGUAAAAGACGCCGUGGCACGCCUUUUUUUUAAUCUGGGGAUUCUGAAACAGCACCGAGAAGGUCGGAGAUCAGCCGUCCUGACAACAUGCUCACUGUAAAUGUCACGUAGCUGCGGUUUACUGCUCCUUCUUCAAACCCGGAUCAGUGUCUGCUCUCCUGCACACUUCAUCCAGGCUGCCUGAGACUGUUCACGCAGCUUCUCUCCUCUGUGUGUAACCUCAUCUGUCUGUUUUACUCCUCACACUCGAUCACUUUGUCCUGCUGAUACUGAACUAACUCUCACACUCGUCUGGUUUCUUUAUCCGCCCUCCGUCUGUCCAAUUAAAAACUGAGUAUCAGGUUUCUUUUGUCAUGCACUGACGGCAUCAAUCCAGCUCGGCGAUAUGAAGUUCUUGGUGGUUGUUACCAUGACAACAGUGUUUUGACUCGGCGUGUUUCUCCUCAGGUGCUGACGAAGGACCUGGGCGGGAACUCCAAGUGCUCAGAGUUUACAGCUGAAAUCUGUCGUCGCAUUCAAGACAUGGACUGAACCUGCAGUAACAGAGCUGCUGUGAGAGUCUCCGCCCACCAACAAAGCCACGCCCCCUCCCACCAAAUCCGCUCCCCCGCCUCCUCCUGCUGACCGGUUUUACUCCUCUGAAGCUGCAGGGACACGGUCCGCUGGGAGGCUCGGAGCUGCAGCUUCUCUUCUUAUUUUUUUUCAUCUGUAUUUACUUAAAGAAAAAAAAUCUGUUCUCUGUAGUGACAUGAUGGGCGCGGAGGGGGCGGGGCUUCUGCAGCAGCUGCCUGAUUAGUUACCAUGACGAAACAUUCACAGCAAACAUACGCACAAAUCUCACAUGACCAAGUUUGAAUGAGUUCAUUACAGGAGUGUGUCUUACUCAAAAUAUCAUCUUAAUAAUAAUAAUAAUAUCAGCACUCCGCUUUGGUAUAUUUGCUAUUUUUUUUAACGGUGAUGCAGUGUAGCCGUACCAGAAAUGUCCUCUUAUUUAUUGUUUCCUGUUACUGUCUCAUGCUGCUCUCUUCAGAUUCAGAGAUCCACGGAUUAUAUAAACGUAUAUAAAGAAAGAGAGAACUCGCCGCUUUUGUCUACCUUCUUCUUUUUCUUCACAUCAACGACGACACAAGCACAAAAAAGCAGCUUCUCACUGAGUGAUUUCAACUUUUAAAACUCAUUAAAAAGAGCUUUUUGACGAAGGUU